AUGUCGGAGAGCCCCGCCUCGCCGCUAAACCUCUCCCGCUUCCUUCCGCCUCUGCUCGUCUCCCUCGACCCCGAGGCACCGCUCACGCCCCCCUGCCGCGAGCAGGUCGGCGAGCUCUCCGGCCAAAAGGACUCGAUCCAGUCCGACCGCGAGCUCAAGGGCAAAAUCUCGAGCCUGAUCCAGGAGCUGCGGAGACACGUGGGGCAGCACAUCUCGUCGUCGCAGAGCAUCACCGACGGGCUCCGCCGGAUCCUCACGCCACACCAAGCCAAGUUUCUGGUGUGGGUAGAGCGGAACCAGCGCUCGAUGGACAUGCUCAACACGAUGUUCUCGGAGGACGUCGAGUGACCACGUGCAUCCCUUUGCCACGCUGCGCGUGCACACUAUGCCGCCGCUGGUCGCCAAGGGCACGGGACGCCCGCAGGGCUGAUGGUGCGCUUUAGGACUCGUGCCCCUCGCGCUCUUCUCUCGGACGGGAUGAACGACCCUCCAGCUUCGCCGGAUGAUCGCGUGCAUGUAAUGUAUGCAGUAUGGACAGCAGCUCAGCAGCUAGUGUGGUACUUACGGGCUCUGUCUCCGUCUGGUCGUGGGUAAUGUGGCUCUUUGCGCACGCCGCACAAGGAGCGUCGUCCGUCGAUUUCACAUUACCCACGUCCCACGACCAUUCGCGUCCCGUGCUCCUCUCGCGCGGUACAUUGUCCGGCCCUCUGUCGCUCUGGCACACCGAUACAAUUUUCAAAUGACAGUAGUCA